AUGUCUGGAUACGAUCAAUACAACCAGGGGUACGGCCAGCAGCAGCAGCAGCAGCCAUACCAGCAGGGGCAUAGCCCGUACCCUCAACAGGGUGUAUAUGACCAGGGCGGCUAUCAACAGCAGCAAGGCUACCAACAGCCUCAGCAGCAAUAUGGCCAGCAGGGAUACGGGGACCAUCAGGGGUACAACUCACAGUACGGUCCGCCUGCACAGGGUGGCUUCCAGCACGGCCAGCAAGUGAGCCCAUACGGUGGCUACAACCAGCAGCAGCAGCAAGGGCAGUACGGCCAACAUCACCAGGGAGCUUACCCCGGCUCCCAACCUCAGAACCAGUUCCCUCAGCAGGGACCUUAUGGCCAAGAUCAGUACCCGCAAGGCCAGAACGCAUACGGCCAGCCUGGACAGCAACAAUAUGGUUCCAGUGACCCAGCUAUGCAGCAGGAGGGCGACCGAGGCCUCCUAGGCGCCAUGGGUGGCGGUGCCGCUGGAUACUUUGGCGGCAACAAGAUGGGCGGUCACGGCAUUAUCGGUGCCAUUGCCGGCGCAGUGCUCGGCAGCAAGCUUCAAGACCACAACAAGAAGCCCAAGCACGACCAGUAUGGUGGCUACAACGGGCACUGA